AUGGGACGCCUUGCUGAAAUCGUCAAGGACCUUUCAAUACAGAACUUGACAGAGCAGGAGAAGGCCGCGGGUAUAACCCGCAACAUCAAGGUCAUUGUGUGGGACUCACAUUGCGAGGAGUCCACGUUCUACCAUGGUGGCCUUGAUCUGGCAACUCUGUGCCCCAGUAUCGAGUUGUGGGAUAUCCAAAUCUGGUAUCCAUUCCGUGCUCGGUUCCACGACAACCCAAACUCCAAGAACGCGAAAACCAAGGGCGAAAAGGCCUUCAGCUCCUUAGGCGCUUUGGGUACGGGCCUGCCGUUACACAAUGGGUGCAAUGACACCGUCGUCCAGUUGAUUGCUUUUCUGCGGUUCAUGUUGAUGACCGAAGCCGAAUGGGUUACCUGGUUCGACAACAAGGCCGACCUUGCCCCCAUCUCGUUCGGGUGGGUUGAUCCGGCUAUUCACCAACGGAACUUGGCAAUGGCACCUAUUUCAAAGCCAAAGGCAAAGGGCAGAGGAAAGGGCAAGACAUACCAGAGACGUGGAUGGGACAACUGGAAGCGCGAAGGGCAGGAACAAACGUCCUGGAAUCCGACUCAGGCCGAGAUCGACACUUCCUCCAACUCGACGUCCAGACUUCUUGCCGAUAAGAUAGCGAACUUGAAGCUCGAACCAUCGGCAUCAACACCAAGCGACAGCUCCGGCACUGGGUGGCCGGAGGGUAUGGACGGAUUCGACGACUGGAGCCAGAGUUCCAAGGACAGCUCGGGUGACAACACGAGCAGUGGUUGGCCUGACGACAUGGACAGCCCAGAUCAGAACAACGGUUUUGAGGAUGCUCAGGAUGAUCGUGAUUGCGGACGUGGUUGGCCGAAUAUGGCAGACAAAGACGAAGAGCACGAGCACUCCGAUGUCACCGUCAAGGCCCACAAUUCGAACCACAACGACUGGUCUCACAAGGCGCCGAGAAGGAACAAACGAGGACGCAAGAAACGAUAUGUGGAAGACGUCGAAUGGGCUUUGUGA